AUGAGCAAAUUCACAACCACUCCAGACGCAAUAACCGCUCCAACAAAUUUUGAUGAUGAAACGCCCGUAGCAGAAUUAGUGCGAUCCUUUGACUGGGCAUCUACACCAUUGGGGCCCAUAGACAAUUGGCCUUUCUGGUUAAAGUCAGUCGUGCAUUUGUGUCUUCACGCUGUGAUUCCCAUCACAGUAUAUAUUGGACCUGAAAGAAGGAUGAUAUACAACCAGAUGUGGAGACCAAUUUUCCAGGCGGAUCAUCCUGAUGUAGCCUUGGGGAAGUCUGGGUUAGAAUUCUACCCUGAUGCCCACGAACAAUUGGAUCCAUUAUUUAAAGCAGCCUUUGCAGGAAAAGGUCAAUUCCAAGAAGAAUUUCCUGCAUAUCUCAAUAGAACUGGCUAUCUAGAAGAGAUAUUCUGUACAUUUUCGCUCAGUCCUGUAUUUACUGAUGAUGGGGGAAUAGGAGGAGUAAUCUGUCUUUUGCAAGAGAUUACGCAAAAAGUUCUUAUGACUAGAAGACUGAACCUACUAAAGGAACUUGCUAAUGGAACGCGGGGAGUAAAAUCAAUCCAAAGUGUUUGUCAUUCAUUUGCCAAAAUUCUCCGCGAUAAUAACGCGGACAUACCGUAUGCAAUAUUAUACAUUGUUGAAAAUCAUGAAAGAGAACCUGAAGAUAAGCCACAAAGAGUACGACUAGAAGCUACGACGUUUGAUCAAGAUGUACAGCUUUUUAAAAGAGCUGAUGGAUCUGAUGAAUAUAUCUACAUACAUGGUCAUUCCAGCAGAGAGCUACCCGACAAUUUACUAAAGACUCCUGAUCUGAUAGACUUGACAGAUUCCAGCCAAGAUACUGAUAGUACACGUGCAUAUACUGAUGCAUCUAAACCGUGGCCAAUAAAACGCGCAGUGCUCAAUGACGAGAAUGUAGUUAUAAGAUUGCCUGACAACUCUAUAGCUGUAUUGUGUCCAGUGUCUUUAAUAUACUGCGGGAAAAGCGUAUUGACUGCUGUGGCGAUAUUCGGCAUUAAUAAACAUCGAGUGCUGGAUGACGAAUACAAGGGAUUUCUCCAGCUCGUUGUUGGCCAAAUGAGUUCUAGUUUUACACGAAGUCGAGUACGAGAAGAAGAACAGAGACGAAAAGAUGUGUUGGCUGAAUUAGACAGGCAAAAAAUCGCGUUUUUUCAAAACAUCAGUCACGAAUUACGAACUCCGUUGACGUUAAUGCUUUCACCUUUGGACGAGGCAACUGAACUAUGCUCGGAAAACUCUCCAAUAUUAGGUCAUCUCAAACUUGUUCGGAAUAGUAACCGAAGAUUAUUAAAUUUAGUAGAUAAUUUACUUCAGUUCACUCAUGUAGAAAUUAAUCGACUUUCGGCAUAUUUUUCAGAUUCGAAUAUCGCAAACUUUACAAAAGAUUUGACGGCAAGUUUUGAAAGCAUGGCAAGAUCUUUCGGUCUUUAUUUUAAUCUCGAUAUUCCUAGCGAUCAAGCUCUUGCGUGCCAAAUGAAACAGAAAGUAUUCCUGGACAACGAGAUGUACGAAAAGAUACUUUUUAAUUUAUGUUCCAAUGCAUUUAAUUAUACGUUUACCGGCGGAGUGACUGUCCGAUUAUUUGUAGAGAAAAAAGAUGACAGAGAAGGCAUAGUGCUUGAAGUAUCCGACACAGGGAUUGGUAUACAAGAAAAGCAUCUCUCAAACAUUUUCCAACGCUUCUACCGCAUCGAGUCUCAAAAUUCACGCCGUAAUGAAGGCACUGGAAUUGGCCUUUCUCUAGUCAAGGAGCUCGUAGAGCAACAUGGUGGUGAGAUCUCGGUUGAGUCUAAAGUGGGUAUUGGCACUACCUUCCGUGUUUGGUUUCCCACCGGGUGUGAACAUCUUCCGGAGAAGCAAGUUCAUUUUUGUGCCGAACACAACCAACUUUAUUCUGAAGUCUCACCUGGAAGCACAUCUGAUUCGUCUAUUGACUCGUACCUGGGCGAACAUAUGCAAGUUUCAGAAACUAACAAACUGUCCAGUAAGCGCCGCGAUCGCAGUGAUUUGCCUUCUACAUCAUUAAAAAAGCAGGAUGGGUGGCUAGAACCGCGUUCGAAUCUCGAGUAUGUCAACGCCGAAAAUACAAGAACGCUCGUCUUGGUUGCCGAUGAUAAUACGGAUAUGAGAAAUUAUUUGAGUACUCUGAUCAAGAAACAAUACGAUUGUCUUUGUGCUGUUGAUGGCCAUGAUGCGCUCAAGAUCGUACAAAGUUCAUCACAAUUACCAGACUUGAUCCUUUGUGAUGUCAUGAUGCCAAACAUGAACGGCUACGAGCUGCUUACCGCACUGCGUAACGAUCCGAAAACGCAAAUGAUACCGGUGAUUCUGUUAUCAGCUUUAACAGGCGAAGCCAGCGUUGAAGCAUUGGAAAAGGGGGCAGACGAUUAUAUAUUUAAACCGUUUAACGCUCGUGAACUCAUGGCUCGCGUUCGUGUGAAUAUCAAGCUUUAUCAUGUCCGUCGUCAACUUAUCGCGGAACAGCAGCAUAAUGCCGAGUUUACGCAAAUGUUAUUUACAAUCGGUAACAAAAUACGCUCUGGUUUCGGGAUACAAGAAACACUUGAGACGGCUAUUUCGGAAAUUAAAAAAGUUUUAUCAUGUGAUUCUUUACUGAUAACUAAGGAUCUUAAUGCGGAAGAAGUAAAUGGCUGCAAGGUGAUGGCUGCUUCAUUACAUCCAGAAAUUGAUCCACAAGAUAUUGUUGGGUGUACAUUUUCGUGUUUAACUGAUAGCAAAAAAAUGGCAGUCGGCAAUGAAAUGGAAACUUGCUCAACGAUCUUGGAAUGUACUAUUGAUCACUGCCAUAUACAUGCGAGAUCAGAUGCGCUAUUGUACGAAGAAUGUGAUUCUGACAGCUUGGAUGUAAAAAUAUGUACGGAUUGUGCAUCGAGAAUGUUACAACAAAAUGUUUCCAUUAUCAGCGUACCUAUUUGUCUGAAAUCGUCUCCUUGGGGAUGGAUUGUUGCUUAUCGUCAACCGGGUAGUAAGUGGACAGAGCGAGAGAGAGCUUUUCUGCGACAAGUCUCAAACCAAACGAGUUUAGCCAUCAGUCAUGGCAUCCUUGUUGAAGAAAAAUUGAAACGAGAAGCACAAGUCCAGGCUGCAAAAGAAACUAAUAAAGCUAAAAGCUUAAUAUUAACCAAUACGUCUUAUGAACUUCGGACUCUGUUGAACACAAUUUCUGGGGCACUCACUGCAUUCGAAAGGACACCCCUUACAUCCGAACAGCAAGACGUUGUUAACGUAACAUCACGUGGAGCUAAUGCGGCCCUGUCCGUAGUGAACGAUAUCUUAGAUGCAGCAAGUUUGAGAAAACGUGAGCUUACAUUGACAAGCCGCACCUUUGAUUUAUUUGAGUUUAUAGAAAAGACGAUAAUAACGUUUGGCGAGCGUGCGAGCGCAAAGGAGCUUGAGUUGAUCGUUUUGUACGAGCCACUGGUACUUCCGAAACAUGUAAAGACAGAUCCGGAGAGACUGCAACAAGUGAUACUGAAUCUAUUAUCUAAUGCGAUAAAGUUUACGGAUAAUGGUCAAAUUGUGGUAAAGUUGUCAAUAAAAGACAAUCUUGACAUAACAGUUGAUGAUGGCAAAGAUCGCAUAUAUGUGGAAGUAUCAGAUACUGGUGUGGGCGUUGAUCCGACGUCUAUUGAACGUAUUUGGGAAAGUUUUUAUCAAGGAGAUGCUUCGAUGACUCGUGGUAGAGAUGGUACUGGCUUAGGUCUCUCUAUAUGUAAAAGUCUAAUUGAGCUGAACGGUGGUGAAUCUGGGGUCGAAAGUGAGCUUGGUAAAGGAAGUAAAUUCUGGUUUACUUGGAAUAUUGAACGUAUGCCUCUGUCAACUGUGCCAAUGUUACUUGAUCACGACACUUUACAAGCUCAGUCAGACCAAAAAUGCCAAGACUCUCUGUCAGCAAAAUCUACAAAAGUUCUUAUCAUCGAUUCUGUGGAGGUGGCUAGAUCAGCUUACGCUACUCUGAUAGCAGGAAGCGUCGAAGCAGUAUAUACAUAUUCAGAUUGUAACAGCGCACUUGAGGCGGCCAGAGAACAUAAAAAGAAAUACGGUAGACCUAUUUGUGAAUUUGUAUUUUUCAACGUGGGAAACAAUAAUGCCAUGCAAGUCGAGAAUGCGGCCAGAGAACUGAAGCAUAUCUGUGGAAAUCAUUUGUCAGUUGUGUUGAUGGUGUUCUGGUCAACUGCAGGAUGCUCUCUCGGAAAGAAUAUUAUCGAAAGAUUAGGAGACAAUGUUGCUGCCAUCUGUAAGCCAAUAACACGGAAGCGUAUGAUGGAAUGCAUUUCAAAUUUUGAUAUGCUUAUGACUGGGCCUGGAAACGAGAAUAACGAAGAGGUCGAAAAGAUUCAUCUGUCGGCAUAUAACAAAUGUUAUUACCAUAACCGACCUGUAACUAGCUACCCAGAUGGACCAGCGGUGGUGCGAGGCGUUAAACUGUCCUCAGAAAGUGAGAGUAAAUUGAAGUCUGAAGCUGUCAAUGUUGGGUCUCUUCCAAUAAAGAGAUCGGCUUCUAGCGAACUCAAGGAUCAAGAUAACGAGGAGGAAAGAACAGACACUACAAGAAGAAGAAUUGCAAAGUCGUCUAAAUAUAUACUUCAUGUGGAAGAUGACGCCGUCUCCCGAGAGGCUGUCAAAGCGAUGUUGGAAAAGUUAGGUUACAAGUACAUAAAAGCGGAAAAUGGAAAAGAAGCUGUUGAAUUUAUGAAGGCGCGAUUUGGGAAGAGUCAAUGCGAAAGCAGCAGUUCUAAUGUGGUUGGCUCUCAGUCGUUAGAAUCCAAAACGGAUAUAUCGUUGAUUUUGAUGAACUGUUCAAUGCCUGUUAUGACGGGUUUUGAAGCAACUCGAGCAAUCAGGUUAUUGGGUCCGGAAUUUCAGAAGAUUCCAAUUGUUGCAUUGACUGCAUCUGCCACAGAAGGAAUCCGCGAAAAAUGUUUGGAAGCUGGCAUGAAUGAUUAUAUAAGCAAACCGUGUCGGUUGAAACUCUUGAAAGAGAAAUUGGCUGAAUUUCUUGGUGAAGAUUAA